AAAGUGGGAGGGAUGGAGUAUAAAAAAUUGCGAGUUGCCCCAAAACCCUUUUGGAGAGAAAAAAAAUUGCGAGUAUAAUAACAAACACAUAUUUUGCCCCAAACCCCCUUCGCCUCUCUUCUGGCGCUGUUAUCUACGAAGUGAAGAUUGAGAUCUCUAAGUCAAUCGUUAAGAUCCUGUUCUAUACUUAAACGCUUGAUCUAAGCCGUUCCGGUCACCUUAACUAAAAAGCGGUGCUCAAUACACAGAACAAAACCCUAGGCGUCGCUUCCAUAUCGCCCAAGAUGGGAGACCCCAACGAUGCUUUCAUGCGCAACAACGCCGCCGUGCAGGCUCGCACGAAGGCCCAGAACCGUGCCAAUGUUAUGCAACUCAAGCUGAUUGGUCAAAGCCACCCAACGGGGCUCACAAAUAAUUUGCUGAAACUGUUUGAACCCCGCCCACCUUUGGAAUUCAAACCACCUCCUGAGAAGAGAAAAUGCCCUCCUUAUUCAGGUAUGGCCCAAUUUGCAAAAGUUUUUGCGGAGCCUGGUGAUCCAGAAUAUGCCCCACCUAUCAAGGAGGUGGAAACUCCAGCGGAGAGAAAGGCCAGGAUUCACAAGUUACGACUUGAAAAGGGUGCACAAAAGGCUGUUGAAGAGCUUGAAAAAUAUGAUCCAAAUAAUGACUCAAAUGCUACUGGAGAUCCAUACAAGACAUUGUUUGUAGCUAGACUUAACUAUGAGACAACUGAAAGCAGAAUCAAACGGGAAUUUGAGGCCUAUGGUCCAAUAAAGAGGGUAGGUAUUGUAGAGAACCCAAGAGGGGGUUCCAAUUAUUGACUUUUUGUGUCGGUAAGAGGUAAACUGUAUGAACCAAGCAUUCCAGCCCAGCUGGUUGCGAGGUUACCGUGCCUAGUGGGAGGUCUCGUGUUCGAAUCCUGCUAGGCGCAUAAGGGCUUGAAACUCAAUGUAGUGAGUUUGAGCCCUGAUUACUCCAGGCUCCCCCCCAGCCCCCCUCCCCCAGAAUCCCCCUGGAGUAAAAAAAAAGAGGUAAAUUGUAUGAAUUGGUUCCAAUUAUUGGCCUUUUGUGUUGGUAAGAGGUAAAACAUAUGAAUUUAUUGCUCUUCACUAGUAAAUUUCCAGCCAAUUUCCCAAUGCGGUUGCCUACCACAAAUUGGUCAAAAUCUCAAAUAUGUUUUAAAUAUUUUCCAUUAAAGAUAAAGAUGCUCAUAUGCCCAUUUGCACAUUUUGUUACAUUUUAAGUUGUUUUUGAAAAAGUAAACUUGAUCUCAUGUUUACUUCCAAAUGAAAUGGCUUGUAAAUAGCACUUUUGAAUAUACUUAAUUUUUUAAAAAGCACCAAUUUAGUGCUUUUGGGUUAAGUUAAGUUACUUAAGUACUGUAUACAUUGUAAUUCAGAGUUGAUGAUUUUAUUCAAUUAAAUCAUUUUUGAUUUCAUUAGUUAUUUUGUUGGAUCGUUAUUGCUUUGUAAAUUUGGGAAAGUGCUUUAUCUAUUCCAAAAGUGUUCCCAAAUGAUCUCUCUUUCAGUAUUCUCCUUGUGAAAAAUAAUUUUGAAUUUGGGAUGUAGGAAUUACCUUUAAAAACAAUUUAAAACAUUUCUAUGGUCAAAGAAAGUUGUUUCUAUAUCAUCUCCUUUUGUAUCUAUACUUGUAUAUACAUUGCCAUGUAUUUACUGCAUGUAUUGUGCUUAAAGUGUGAACAUGCCAUGAUCUUGAAAAUAUUUUUAGAACUUUUUCCUCCCGCAACAUGAAUUUUACCUCCAUAUUUCCCCAAUCUAUACUUCACUGUAUGAAAAUUAAAUUUGGGAAAUUAGAUUAUUAGCGUUCCUUUUACCCUAAGUAGAGGUUGGUAAGCAUCACAGGUAAAAUCAUUCACUCUUCGGUAAUGUCAUUAUCCCGGUAUUCCUCAAAUUUAUCUGGGCCUUCAAAAUUCUUCUGGUCUUGGCAUUCCAUUAGCCAAGAAGGAGCUUCUAUGAUAAGGUUCAAUUGUUUGGUAAUAUUCUUGGUAAGAAUAAAAGCUUUGUUCAUGGUGUUUUCUGGAUCCUGGACUUGUAAAAAUGGAACCAUUUUUGUCCUGAAGCCCUUCCUUCUUCCUGCAAAACUAAGCUUAACUUCAUAAGUUGAGCAGAAGAAUUGAUGCAUUGUGCAUUUUGGUCCUUUUGAAGCAACAAGAGAGCCUCAAUACUUUUCCUGCGCUGGGUGAAGGGUAAAAAUAUGUUGGGAGUAUAAACAUCUCUUUCCCUUUUAACAUUUCAUAUGUCCACUUUCUGCUACUAAAAUUUUAUUUUUGGAUUUAAAGGCAGUCAAAAUGUUUCUGCAGUUGAGGAGCCUGGUAUUUCGUAUGUUAUUAUAGUUAUUUAUUUAUUCGUCUUUAUUACAAACAAUCCCGGGUAAGGGGAAACUAGAAUGUACGGAAACAGUAGAUUCGCCACAGUUUUUUCACAACUCCGCCAGUGACGGUGAUGCCUAUUGCUUGGAGCUCUAUGAUCAAAGAUUCGUCUGGUUACGGACAACACAAACAACAAGCCUAGAGGAUAUGCUUUUAUUGAGUAUGUGCAUACUCGAGAUAUGAAAGCUGCUUAUAAACAAGCUGAUGGGAAGAAGAUUGACAAUAGAAGGGUGCUUGUUGAUGUUGAAAGAGGAAGAACAGUCCCGAAUUGGCGACCCCGCAGACUUGGUGGUGGACUUGGAACUUCAAGGGUAGGAAUUGAAGAUCUUAGUCAGAAGUCUUCUGGGAGAGAACAAGUGCAGUCAGGAGGAACAUCUCGAUCUGAGGAACCAAGGGCUCGAGAUGACAGAGAGAGGGACAGAGAGAAGUCCCGUGAGAGGCCUAGAGAAAGAGAACGUGAACGGUCUCGCGAGCGGUCUCAUGACAAACCAAGGGACCGUGAGCAUAGGGAUGAUAGACACCAUAGGGAUCGUGAUAGAACUAGGGACACUAGGGAGAAAGACCGCGGGCGCGACCGAGAACGAGAACGAGACCGUGAUCGCGGCAAGAAACGUGACAGAGAUGAGCGUGAAAGGGGAGAUCGCCAUAGGGAGAGGGACACCAGAGAUAGAGAUCGAGAUCAUGAAUUCGAAGUGGAGAAUGAUCGUGGGCGCUCUCGUGAUCGAGGUCAUCAUGAAUAUGAUGAUCAUGAGCUAGACCGACAUGCUGAGAAAGAGAGGAACCAUGACCAUGAAGGGAUGGAGGAAGGACCUGGGGAUGAAGGGUGGUAUGAGCCGUCCGAUCAUGGACGUGGACACUAUGAUGACUACCAUGACCGUCGCCGUCAUCACAGUCGUCACAGGGAGUAUGAUGAUGAUGUGGAUGCACAUGGGGCUGGAAAUAACGAUGAACGCUACAAGGAUUCUGGCCGUGUUGAUAAGAUGGAUGAGGAAGAGGAGGAUAAGUAUGCAUACGACUACCGUGCGGCUUCUGAGCCAUCAGGGAAAGAACGUGAUCAUCGACGGGCAGAGCGGACAACUGGUCCUCACGAUUAUGAUGAUGAGUAGGAGUAAUAUAAAGCUUCGAAGGCAGACAGAGAAGACUUGGGGGGUAUGUGUAUUUACUUGCUGUUUUCAAAAUGUUUCUUAUGACACUUCCUGAGCAGGUUGAACUGUACUCGUUCGUUAGAGGAGACACAUCACACAUAUGGUCGGGCAGUUCUUUUUCCGUUUCUUCUUUCUUAAACUUUGUUUAUUUUGACGGCUGGCUGGACAAUUUAGUGUGGGUUCCUUUUCACCCAAAUUUUAUUCUCAUUAAACUGAAAAAGUGCCCUGUGUUUUUUUUGUUUGUCUCUCUUAAUUGACUGUGUUCGUAUUGGAUUACUUAAAUUCUUUGGUUUUUCAUCAUGCCAUUACGUUCUCUUGGUUUGCUCGGGAUUAUUAUCUCUAAUUAAAAAAA